AUGGCUGAGCUGAACUGGGUGUCUCACCGGCCUUUGCAUCCGCAACACCGUGGCCGCCAGUCACCACCAUCAAUCAACGCACGCGGUGCCAACACAACAUGCAGCUUACCUGAUUGUCCCUCUUCGCCUACGGAUGCCUCACCUGGUGUGCCCCAACUCAGCGGGUCGCGUGAACGUCCUCUCUUUGGCCCAGGUCGCGACUGGGGCUGCGGCCGCAUAAAGAUCAUUACCCGGAGAUUGACUGCAGCCCGCAUGCCUGGCACCUGGGCAUUCGGACCACUAAAGUACCGACUCCAUGGGCUCUUGAGCUCUUUGGCCUCUGCAGUUGACAGGCCGCCUUACAACCUCAAAAGCAUACCGCGAAUUAGAAGGCGCAUUAUACUUUUCGAUAGCGCCGACGUUCGCAACGACGGUCUGGUCCUCGGCAGCGGGCCAUUUGACGGAAACAUUCAAACCAUCCGCAACAGUCACCCAAUCAUCAUCACCGGGUAUGUUCAGGCCGUAGCGGAUGGCAAGGGAAUCCUUCGCUUGCAUCCUCGAAAAGUCGUGAAGGCCCGCUAG